UACAGUGGAGCCCUGUGUGCGUGUGUGUGCGCACUAAUCUCGCUGCGAUGCGCAAAAUCAGCCCCCUGUGAAAUCAGACCCACACACAGGCGCACCAGUGCAAAAACAAUUUGCCGGCGAUUGCCCAUACACUCGCAGAGCCACUCGAGGGGGGCGCGUGUGCGCCUGUGUGUGUGCCGCUAAUUACAUUUAUUUUGUAAACCCAAUGUCCAGGUCGCCGCCGGCGUGGGAGGGGGUCAGAGUGGGGGCGGGGCGGCAGCCCCAGUAAAUUUCCUUCGCUGUGUGGUUGCCGUGUUAAGUGCUCUGAUAAGUCGCCCGCUAUCGCGCGAUGGACCCGGGGUUAUCUGAUAUUGCUGUGGGUGCCGCACGGAUGCGGAGUGCGUACGGUGCGGGGGUAGUGGAGCGGCGGCGCCGUGGUGUGAGUGCGGUUAGCAGUGCUCUGGGAUCAGAUCGCUCGCUGACACACUGCCCGGCCAGCGAGGGUCGCUCCAGCAGUCAUCGGAUAGAGUGCACCUUGGUGAUCCCCAGAAAACCGAUCGCAGCUGUAAAGCUACAAAAUUUCCGGAUGCCUGUUAACAAUCUGCGAUUCAAGCCAUCCGGAGUUAAUAAGGUUCCUUCCAAAAACCAUGGCUACCCAUACUAAUAACUACAUCUGCACAC